AACGCGGAGGCCCGAGCAGAGGGCUGAGGGAUUCCCAGGAGUGGGGUACGGCGACCGUGGGCGCCUUCAUCCGGGGUCUCCGUGAAGUAGGGGUGAAGUCGCGGGGCGGGUGUCCAGGUGCGGCGCCGGGCACGCCAGUCUCAAGCACUCCUCUGGCGCGCGUGCCUUCCGCCCGCGGGAACCUGACCGUGGGGGCGGCCGCCCCGAGCAUGCGCACCGGCUCUGCGACGGGCGCGGGGACGUGGGGCGGCGCGUAGCGGGGCCUUUUGCCGCCCCGCGCUCCCAUGUACGCCUUCUACUCGCUGCUCAUUUACAUCUUCUACAGCCUCUUCCGCAGGGAUGGCGGGGCUGUGGCUGCCGCUGACCCUGGGGACCCCGCCCAGAGCACCCGCUGCAAGCCCGGGGGUCGCCGCCGCCCCGAGCAGCCCGCGGCAGAACUGUGGACCAAGCUGACUAGCCUGGUCGGCUGCCCCGAAUCUGAGGAUGGGCCCGGAGGGGGAGCCGAGGGCCGCCCAGCCGGGGUCACCCUGGAGGAAGCUCUCGUGCGUCUUGCUGAGUUCCUCUCAGUCCAGCUGGGGGCGGAAGAGAGCUUAGAGAGUCCUCCCGACCUGAGCAAGUCUGGUGAUGUUCCCCCACUGCUGACCGUGACGGGUCAGCUCUUGGCCCUCUUGGCAUGGAUUCGGAGUCCGAGGGGGAGGCAGGCAGCCUUGAGGGUGCAGACCCCCGCUGCCACUGGACUUCCAUCCCAAGAAGAAAGCCCUUCCUUUUCCCUGAUGGGUGAGGCCCAGGGGCAGCAGCCCCUCCAGUUGGAGGAGGACCAGAGGGCUUGGCAGAGGCUGGAGCAGCUCAUCCUUGGACAGAUGGAAGAGCUGAAGCAGCAGCUAGAAGUGCAGGAGGAGGAGCUGGGCCGACUGCGCCUUGGAGUGGGGGCGACAGACUCAGAAAAAAGGCUUCAAUAUCUAACCUUGGAGAACGAAGCCCUGAAACAGAGCCUGAGCCUCACUCGGGACCUCCUGCUGCACUGGGGCCCUGGCCGCCUCACCAGGGCCCCCCAGGAGGAGACAGAGGCACUGGUGGUGCUCCAGGGACAGCUUCAGGAGGCUCAGGACACCACAGAAGCCCUUCAAGUCCAGCUGGGGGUGCAGGAGAUGCAGCUCCAGGGUCUUCAGGGGGCCCUCCGGCAGCUUCAGCAGGAGACUGAGCAGAAGUGCAGAAGAGAGCUGCAGGACAUGCAUGGACAACUGGCGGGACUUCGGGCACGCACGGCCAGCCUGCGUCAGGGUUGUGGAGACCUCCGAGGACUGGUCAGCACCUUAACCCAGAGCUGCCAGGGUUCCCUGAGCGAGGCCCAGGGCCAGGUAUCCUGGGCCCUAGGCGCACUGUCUGCUGGAAGGGCUGGGACUCAGCCCCCUGAGGAGCAGCAGGGGCCCCCAACUGGAUGCCCAGGGCGGCUGCUGGAGCUCAAGGGAAAUAUCCGUGUGUUGUGUCGGCUGAAGCCAGGGACAUGCUCCAGCCUGCUGAGCUCAGAGCCUGGCCCCGGGGGCACCGUCACCACCUGCUAUAGAGGGCACCAGCGUCACUUCCGCUUGGACUGGGUUUUCCCUCCAAACGCCAGCCAGGAGGAGGUCUUCAGGGAGUUGGAGCCUGCUGUGCUGUCCUGCCUCCAAGGCUACAGUGUCUGCAUUUUCACCUACGGUCAGACAGGGACCGGGAAGACCUACAGCAUGGAGGGCCCACCUGAGGACCCCGGCAUAGCUCCUCGGGCACUGCAGUCACUGUUCCGGGAGAUGGGGACGGGAGGGCAGCACUGCGUGACCCUCAGCAUGGUGGAGAUCUACAAUGAGGCUGUCAGAGACCUUCUGGCCCCAGGGCCUCCUGAGCGUCUGGCUGUGAGGCAGGGCCCAGGAGGCCAUGGGGGGAUCCAGGUGGCAGGCCUCACCUCCUGGGAUGUGCCCAAUCUGGAGACACUGUACCAGAUGCUGAGCCUGGGGAGGAGCAACAGGACCACUGCCACGACAGCCAUGAACCAGCACAGCUCCCGCUCUCACGCUCUGGUCACCCUGACGCUGCAUGCAGCAGCCCCACCGCGGGGACCGGGCACUGCAGGCACGCUUCACUUGGUGGACCUGGCAGGAUCUGAGCGAGCCUGGAAGGCAGGGGCGGCUGGCCCAUCACGAGGAGAGCAGGAAGGCGCCCAGCGUCUGCGGGAAGCCCGGACCAUCAACCGCUCGCUGCUGGCACUAGGAGGCGUGAUGGCUGCAUUGAGGGCCCGGCGGCCCCACGUGCCUUUCCGUGAUUCACAGCUCACACGCCUAUUGCAGCCGGCGCUGGGCCCCGGCGCCACUGCAGUUCUUCUGCUACAGGUCCUGCCCACCAGCGUUGCACCCCUGCAGAUCUCCACCAGGCCCGAGGAUCUUGGCGAGACCGUGUGCUCCCUCAAGUUUGCCGAACGAGUGGGUCAAGUGGAGCUGGGCCCAGCCCGGCGCCGCACGGCCCCGCGCUCGGGGACACCCUCCUCCCUCAGCACUGACACACCACUCACAGGGACCCCCUGCACUCCCACGCCAUCCCCCGGUGGCCCCCCAAGUCCUGGCCCAGACAGUGGCUCCAUCUUGGCCUUUGCACCCCAGGAGGACCUGCCCCUGUAGCCCUGCCCAAGGAGUCUUGGGUAGCGCCUCUGCGGGCAGAGGCAGCAAAGUCCCUACAAGUCUCCACAACCCCCAGAGUUGCACCUACCCCACCACUGGUCCUGCAAGGAGUGUUAGGUCUGGGGAAAUGAUUCCCCCAGCUCCCACCUUAUCACCAUUUGCUGUUAUCAGCACACAGCAGGGGAUCCCAGAGCCCAGGGAGGGAGGCAGACCCUGGUCUGGCCAAGUAGUUACCAGUCAGUCCUGCCAACAAAAAUCAGACUCUGCUAGUCAAAACGUUGUCGGUUCCUUUACUAUCUAUCUUCCUUGAUACCACCACCAAAACCCAAGUAGGUUUCCUACUCCCCAUCCCUCUUCCCCAAAACGGUGCUACCUUCUAACAGUUGAGGGAGGACAGGACUUCAGUCACCAUUAGGUUCUCCCUCCCCCAGCCUGCAGUGAGGGAGGGGAGGUGACAUGGUGAUGGAUGGAUGGCUGGAUGGACAGAGGGCCAGGAAAGGUGGAACCAGAAAGGGGACAGGAAGGGCUACUCUUAAGCAGAGCCCCACUCUUCCCUGCCUUGUCUCUGGGGCUGAAGAGAAGCAUGACUGACCACCAGGGCCAGGGUGGUACCCAACUGGACCACAGUCUUUCAUGGGGUAGUCCAAUAAACUGUGGGCUCCAGCAUGGCUGGUGCCUGAUGUCUCAAGA